AUCUCACUGUACAUAUUCCUCCCCCGGAGUGCCUCCAACUUGAGCAGAAUGGAAGGCGCCCAAGCUCCUCUGCAUCAAUGGCCGUCCACCGGGAUUUCGAUCUUCUGCGUUGCCGUCCUCCUCCUCCUAAGCUGUUCCGCCGCAAAACAAUGCGGAAACUGCGGCUCGACACCCGUUCCCUAUCCCCUCAGCACAUCACCAGGAUGCGGCGAUCCCAACUACCCCGUCAUCUGCAACACAUCCACCGGAGCUCUGUUCUUGAGAAGCAUAAGCGGGACAGAAUAUCCCAUAACAAGCAUCGAUCCCCAGUCGCAGACAUUCAUCUUGCAACCGGCAAGACUGAUCGGAAAUUCGUGCCAAACGACCGAUUUCGUCUACGAGGGCGUCAAGCUGAACCAUAGUCUGCCGUUCAAUUUCACGACGGACAACACGGUCUUCUUGCUGAAUUGCUCCGUUCAGUUUAUGAACAGAGGACUCUUAGACUGCUCCACUCAGAGCUCCAACCCGGGCAGUUGCUGGGCCUAUCUGAAGCAGGCGCCGCCAGAGAUGGCAAGCUGCCGGAGUUCGAACAUUUGCUGCUCCGGCAGAAUAGGAGGCACCGUAUCAUCAUACAAUAUAAUCGCCAGGAGUUGUACGGCAUACAGGAGCUUCGUGAACCUGGAUGAUAAGUUGCCGGUACAAGAGUGGCAGGAAGGAGUGCAGGUGCAAUGGGCAUCCCCGCCUGAAUUAGAGUGCCAGAACCAGACGGACUGCUGGGAGGCGGUGCCCAACUCAAGAUGCUUAAUGGAUCGGACAGCUGCAGGCGAUAGGAUAACCCGCUGUAUAUGCAACGCUGGUUUACAGUGGGAUCCAAAGACAGGGACUUGCACAAAGAGCGCCUGCCGGGAAAGGUGGAGAUGUCACGAAGCACUGUAUAUCGCACUUGUAGCAGGGUUAGCAUCCACGCUGACAAUUUUCUUGAUGUUCAUUGGCUUCUGCCUAUAUAACAAGAAAAUAUUAGCCAAGGAGGGGCGUGAGAGGCUGAGAAAAGAGAGAGAGGAGAUUCUGUCACUUAAUAGUGGAGGAAGAUCUGCAAAGCUCUUUAGUGGAAAAGAUAUGAAAAAGGCCACAAACUCUUUCUCUCCAGACCGGCUUCUCGGCGAGGGUGGCUUUGGAGAAGUCUACAAGGGCUUUCUUGAAGAUGGCACUCCAAUUGCCGCCAAGAUUGCCAAGGUUGAUAACACGAAGGGCACAGACCAGGUAUUGAAUGAGGUGAGCAUCCUCUCACAGGUGAACCAUAGAAGCCUUGUCCGCCUACUAGGCUGCUGUGUCGAGCUAGAACAACCGGUCAUGGUCUAUGAGUUCAUUCCCAAUGGAACUCUACAUGAACACAUCCACACUGAUAGAUAUGCAUUCCUCAGUUGGCAUCAAAGACUCAGGAUUGCUUCUCAAACUGCUGAAGGCCUUGCUUACCUUCAUUCCUCAGCAAUGCCCCCGAUCUAUCACCGCGACGUCAAGUCAAGCAACAUUCUUCUUGAUGAUAAAUGCAAUGCCAAGGUCUCGGAUUUCGGGCUAUCUAGGCUGAUUGAUCCUGAGCAGACGCACGUAUCAACAUGUGUACAGGGUACAAUUGGGUACUUAGAUCCUGAGUACUACAGAAACUACCAGCUAACAGACAAGAGUGAUGUGUAUAGCUUCGGUGUGGUUCUACUUGAGCUCUUGACAUCCAAGAAAGUCAUAGACAGACAGAGAGAUUCAAAGGAAGUAAACCUGUUCAAUUAUGUUCAACACCGAGUGGAUGAAGGGAAGGCUAUGGAAGUAGUGGAUGAGAAGUUAAAAUGCGGAGCUUCACCAAGAAGUUUGGAGUCGAUGAAGACCUUCUGCUCUCUAGCGAUGGGUUGCCUUGAGGAGAGAAGGCAGGACAGACCAUCAAUGAAGGAAGUUGCAGAGGAGAUUCAGUACCUCAUUAUAAGCGAGCAAGCUGCUGCCCCCUUUGCAUCCAUGAAUUCAUAGAAUUUGUUUGUCCAAGUGGAAAGAGUUCGAUUGAGUAGAUUAUUGGCAGCUAAGAAAGCAUAGAACUCGGUUUUCCAAGUAGGUCAUGUUUGUGGUAGUCGUUUUCAUGACAUUGCUAGGUUUGUGCUUUUUUUCUUUCAGUCAAGUGUGGCCUGUGCAAUCAGGACCCUAUGCUGCGUUUGGCACGCUCUUCCCUCCCAUUUAG